UGGCCAUCUCAUCACUUUUUCUGUCAACAAAAUCGCUGCACAUAAGUCAAGUUGUUUGCUCGAAAAAUGAAACCGAUUCCAAGUUCAAGGAUGCCACGCAGAGGAUCAAACGCGGAGGAUCAUUAGGGGUAUCCUUAAUUGAAUCAUGUCGCCAUAACGAAAGCAACUGAAUGCAUAACGCUUAACUGAAUUCUGCCUGGUCCGUUUACGUCUGCAAGGCUGGAGCUCGCAAGAAAGGGCACUGUGUCCCCGAUUUACAUUUAUAACAGGACGUGAUUCAACCUUGGGGAAAUAUGAAGUUUGCACAAUAUCUGUUGAAAAACAGCCGGAUGGUCGGGAUACCAAAACAAGUGGAACGAUUCGCCAAGUUCUCCCCUUCGCCUUUGUCUAUGAAGCAAUUCAUUGACUUUGGGUCGACCGAUGCCUGUGAGAAAACCUCCUUUGUGUUCCUGCGCCAGGAACUUCCGGUCAGAUUAGCCAAUAUCAUGAAGGAGAUUGACUUCCUACCCGACAAGCUCCUUGGUACUCCGUCCCUUCGGCUCCUCACCAGCUGGUACUCACAGAGUCUGUUGGAGCUUGUGGAAUUCCUGGAAAAAGACCCAGGCGAUAAACAGGUCCUUUCCAAGUUCACGGAGGCGCUGGUGACGGUGAGGAACAGGCACAACGACGUGGUGCCCACCAUGGCGCAGGGGGUGGUGGAGUACAAGGAGGCGUUCGGCGUGGACCCCGUGACCGACCAGAACGUGCAGUACUUCCUGGACCGCUUCUACAUGAGCCGCAUCUCCACGCGCAUGCUCAUGAACCAGCAUACGCUCAUAUUUGACGGCAGCGUCAACCCGGCGCACCCCAAGCACAUCGGCAGCAUCGAUCCCAGCUGUGACGUGGUGGAGGUGGUCAAAGAUGCCUAUGAAGCCUCCAAAAUGCUGUGUGAGCAGUAUUACCUGACCUCCCCUGACAUGGAGAUCUCUCUGGUCAACUCCAAAAACCCUGACCAGCCUCUUCACCUCGUCUACGUGCCUUCACACCUCUACCACAUGCUGUUUGAGCUCUUCAAGAAUGCCAUGAGAGCAACGGUGGAAACCCAUGAGGCGAGCUUCACUCUGCCACCAGUCAAAGUCCGGGUUUCUCUCGGCUCAGAGGACCUCACUAUCAAGAUGUCUGAUCGCGGAGGAGGCGUUCCUCUGAGGAAGAUUGAGCGUCUGUUCAGCUACAUGUACUCCACCGCCCCCAGUCCCGUCCACAUAGACAACUCCCGCAAUGCUCCCCUGGCUGGUUUUGGCUAUGGCCUGCCAAUCUCACGUCUGUAUGCCAAGUACUUCCAAGGAGACCUGCAGCUGUACUCUAUGGAGGGCUACGGCACCUCGGCCGUCAUCUACCUAAAGGCGUUGUCCUCAGACUCGGUGGAGAGACUUCCAGUUUUCAACCAAUCCGCCUUGAGACACUACCAGACCACCCCGGAGGCAGACGACUGGUGCAUGCCCAGCAAGGAGCCAAAGAAGAUGGGCAAGUAACAGGGACAAGCCUGGACUGAAUAAGUGUGGGACAAACCAUAGGAACCGUCACGGUUAUGCCCUAGUAUGGCUAGUAUACCCCAGCCCACGGUACACUAAAGAACGGAGGUUGAAAUGUAUUCGGUUGACCAUUGAGCCUGAGGUUCUAAGACAGCCAUUAGGAGCACCUCAUUUUUCCCCUCACACAAAACACAACCAGCAGAAAGUAUUUAUUUUAGGAUUUUAUUAACAUUUGUUUGUAUGUUUUGAUUGUUCUUGGAUGUACUCCCUAUACUAAAUUAUUGUAUAUUUAAAUCAAAAUGAUUUUUAACCAUCAGUGUUGGUGGUCGCAUUUGCCCCGAUAAUAGUGGCACAACCGGUUUUAUAAGCUUUUAAAAUAAAUUAAUUUGUAUAUUAAUUCUGUUAAAAGAAAAUCUAUCUUUCACUCUCUAACUUAAUCAUUGUUUUAAUUGAUUAUUGGAGAUCACAGUGAGCCCAGUGUUGCACUGAGGCUCAUAAAAGAAAUGAGAAAUAACAAUGGUUAUAACGGUUAAAAGAUGGAUUGAGCAGAAGUUAAUCAGAGAAUGAUGACUUAUGAAUGUCACUGUUGUGUGAGAGCAAACGUAAAGGUUUCCCAGAAUUUAAGGUCUUUAAAUUGUCAUAUAUCUGAGAGACAAUCAACAUGAUUCUCUCUCAGAUAGUGGGCCCUGUGAACCAUUUCUAGUGCCAUAGCUGCCCCAAAUGCCCAAGUCCUGCAAAUUACGUUUCGAACAGAUAUCGCGCAUGUGUGUGUGUAUUUAUAUAUUAUAAGUGCAGGCCCUGACUAUUCGGAAAUGCCCUUGGUCAGUAUUCUGAUAAUUCCCAUUGUCACGUUUAGGACCAGGCACGGCUUAUUGAAGCUUGAUUGUACUCAAUUUGAUCCUUCCUAUUUUUAUACAAUAUAUAUUUUGGGAUCUGUAACAAACCAAUAACAUCUCUAUCACCUUUCCAAGCAUGUGUAUUCUGAGCCUGUUGGAUCAGAUUGUUCCGAAUAUUAUUGUGUCCCAGGAAGUUUGAACCCUCAGACCCGUAAGAGUUUUCUUGUGUUUAAGAGUAUAAUGAUUAUAGUGUUGUUCUAAUAAUGUGUACUUAGACUGUAGACAUUAUUGAAAUGGUGAAUGCCAAACCUGGUCAUUGUACCAGAUCACAGCGUACUAGGGAACAUUAUAUUUUUCAUUACCAGUCUCCUAAAAAAUGCCAGUAUUAUAUAAAAUAGGACUAAUCAAAACUAAUAAAUAAACAUGUAUAAUUUUGUAUGUAUUGAAAUGGAGCACAGGGAUCAUUGCAGUAGUCUGGGAAACAACUGUAAAUAUUAAGGACGGCUUUAGACAACUGUUAUUUCUCAAUGCUAAUGUUAGCACCUGACUGUUCUCCACUAAUAUCUGUUCAAAUGUGCAGCAUACGGUACAUUCAACACCUUCUCAUCCACGCCAUUGGUCAAUAUGUUUGUACACCACAGUUCCCAGAUCCGAAAUCCCUUUCAACGGUAUCGUUGAAUGUUCAACUGUAGAAUAAAAGACUACACUACGGAAAUAUGUAUCUUUGAUCUAUGUGCGUUGGAAGUUGUGCUGAAUGAUUGAGUGAAUGAAUGAAUGUGAAUGUGUUUUUCCGCUAUCUCACACAAUGUUCUAUUCCUAGACAGUGGAACAUAUGUGCUGUCGACUAGUACAUGAUGUACAUGUCGUGCUCCAUUCCAAAAGAAGAACAGAUUACACGUGGACUCACCAAGUACAUAGCUGCAUCCACACAGCUGUAACCUGAGGAAUACUUUAGGUUGUUAUACUUUUACAUAACCUCAUACAGUUCAUGAGAAGCUCAUCUCUUGGAGAUUCAUGUCAGCAUGAGUGCAAUUUUAAAGAAGCUUUUAACUUAAGUAAUAGCACCUGUAUAUAUAGGAUCUAUGUGGGAGGCUUUGUCCUUGGCAUGUGCCUAUACUGUACAUGGACUGGAUAGUCCCACAAAUCAGGCUUUAGAUUCAUAUCUAAAGUUUGUUGGCAGACAAGCUCAAAUCAGGGUGAAAGGGGCGUUUCAUUUACUUUUGUUUCAUAUUUGUUUCAACAAAUCUUUUUGUUGGAGUCGAGGACCUGUAUGCCCCUAAUUGUUUUUUCCCAGAGUUCACAAACUCGGCCAGCAGUGGUAAACUGUAAAAACCUGUCUAAAGGUUUGAAACAACACUGUGUAAUUGGCCACUGUAGAAAUACACUUCGAAAUCUCCAUCCACUCGCGUGAAUCAUUUAUCUUUGGUAAAAUAUCGGGACAGCUAGGUCCGAGAUUAAUUCCUGGAAGAAUGCUGUCCUAAGCAAAUCCUCAAUAUAGGCCAACUAGUAGUAGUACUGUUUGUCUUUCUAGACACAUCGCAUUCAUGUAACAGAAACAGGAUUGGUCCUGUCCGAGCACAUAUCUUUGUGAUCUUGGGAUGAGGUCACUGAAACGGUUCAAAUAACUGUUGGCAGAGGAACAGAUGCACCAACAGGCCCAUGGGGGUUCAAUCCCUGUACUCGGAACCAUGCUGCAGGAACACACAGUGGCUCAGAGGGACACACACACAUUGAAAGCACGAUUGAAGCCACAUUUCUAGGCUUUAGUAAAUCCUUUCACGUUACUCAACAGUGGUUUGCAUGGAUGACCGACGAUGCCGGAGAGACGUUACGUUAUGUUUGUUUCGACAUUCCAUGCUGUACAACUACAGCAUGGAGGAAGACCAAUGCUCUUCCCCUAAUAGAUUUUGGUUAGAAGUGGUUUUAUCUUCAAGAGAUAUCAUUGGUCUUCCUACCUGCCGUAAUUUCAGCUGUCUUACUUCCUAUGAGCCGUCAGUUGAAAAUCUCUUUAGGGUAAAGGAAAAGGCACAUGACAAGAAGAGCAAAGACAAGGGACAAGGGAACAGGGACCUAGAUCUCCCUCUAGAAGUAAUCCAUGAUCUGAAACAUCAGUUUAUAUAUAAAUUCACACGCAACAUUUUUUUGUUAUAGAGGCUUCGUUAAUUUUUUAUCAAAAUCUUCACUCA